GUGCACACAAGCAGCCCUUUUGUGUUCAUUUCAGAUAACAUUCAGGUAAGUGCAUCUAUGACUUGUGUUUUUCAAUAAGGAAAGGCAAUUCUAUAAAAGGCUGUUUUGUGCAGGUUGCUUUAUGGGACCGCCCAUUUGCUGCUUCCUUGGCUGUGAUUGGCUGCUUCCGGGUACAGCAGGUGACACAACCAGCGAUAAUCAGCACACCUGUGAGGCACGCCCAUCUUUGUCCCUCUCAGUUUCGGCUGGGAGUGUUUGGGAAAUGGCAGCAACAACUAUUUCUAUUGAACAGGACCAGUUCUGUUGUUCAGUGUGCCUGGAGGUCUUAAGAGACCCCGUGACUAUCCCCUGCGGACACAGCUACUGCUUGGACUGCAUCGAGGACUACUGGAACAGGGCCAAGCAGAAAGGCCAGUACAGCUGCCCUCAGUGCCGACAGGUGUUCAACCCCAGACCGCUGCUGAGCAGGAACACAGUCCUGGGGGAAGUGGUGGAAACUUUUCUCAAAUCUGGGGCUCGACAGUUGUCCUCAAAACCCGAGGAAGUGGCAUGCAGUGUGUGCACAGUGAGGAGGAAAAUAGCUGUUAAAUCCUGCCUUGUGUGCUCCGAGUCUUACUGUGCGGCUCACUCCAGGGUCCAUGAGGAGAGGUUUCAUGGGAAGGCCCACAGGUUGGUCCCUGCUGUGGACCAGCUGAAGGAGAAGCUGUGCCAACAUCACGAUAAACCACUGAGGCUGUACUGUCGCACCGACCAGCAGAGUGUGUGUUCCCAGUGUGUGAGAGAGAGACACAAGGGCCAUGACGCAGUCUCACUGGCGGAUGAGAGAGCAACGCAACAGAAAAACCUCCAAGAAGCCUCUUUGAAGUCUGUGCAAAAAUUGAAAGACACGGAGAAGGAGCUCAGAUAUGUUGUCAGAUAUAUCAAGCACUCCACAGAGGCAGCGGUGGAGGAGAGCGAGAGGGUUUUCUCCAGGCUGAUCCGCUCCAUAGAGAAACAGAGCAGUGAGGUGAAGGAGGUGCUGAUGGUCCAGGAGAGAGCCGCUGUCAGUCAGGCUGAGGAGCUGCUGGAGAAAAUACAGAGAGAGAUCCUGGAGCUCCGGAGAGCCGGGGUCGAGCUCGAGAGGAUUUCUCAAACUGAGGACCACACCGGCUUCCUUCAGAAGUGCAAGUCUCUUCAUUUCCCUACAAAGACUGUGGAGAUGCCCAGCACUGAUGCUCUUCAAUAUAUGAUGUAUAAAACCCUGAGGGGAGCCCUGCCCAAUCUCAAAAACAGUCUGGAUGAAACACUUGAAAGAGAAUUCAACAGGAUCUCUGAUAAAGGUGCAGUGCCCUUUUUACAACUGAUUCAUAUAAAAAUGAUGAUUUUGUUCAACAAAUCUCACUAUUUCUGUUUGUCUUCGUUUCUAGUAAUGUCACUGAAGGAACCCAGCACUAAAAGUGUAUCUGAAAAAACCAAAGCAAAAGACACGGAGAUACCAUACAACUCCGAACCGAAGACAAGAGCUGAUUUUCUACAUUAUCACCACGAUAUCGUCCUGGACCCGAACACAGCCAACCCUUAUCUGAGCCUCUCUGACGGUCGCAGAGGGGCGACCACGCGCUCGGAGCCCCAGCCCUACCCGGACCACCCGCAGCGCUUCAGCAGCUGGGCCCAGGUGCUGUGCAGAGCUGGGAUGGCUGGGCGCUGCUACUGGGAGGUGGAGUGGGCCGGGGAGGGAGGGGUUUCCAUCGGGGUCUGCUACAAAGACAUGGGCAGGAGUGGAGCAGGGAGCGACUGCAAGCUCGGACAUAACUCCAAAUCCUGGAGCCUGGACUGUUCCAAAUCGGUCUGUUCCUUUCAGCACAACAAGGAGAGAGUGAGCGUCCCCACCCCCUGCUCCAGCAGGAUAGGAGUGUUUCUGGACUUCAGGGGCGCGACUUUGUCUUUCUAUAAUGUUUCUGAUACACUGGUUCUCCUCCAUAAGGUCAAGACUACGUUCACCCAGCCUGUUUACCCAGGUUUUUGGGUGGGUUUAAGCUCUACUUUAAGGCUGUGCUCUCUUUAAUUGUAAAGAUGACUGCACUCUUUGACAUUUUAGAAAGUAAGCUUGUAUGCAUGUGGCUCAAAGUAUUUACUUUUGAGACUGUGGUGUGUGUGCUCAAACCUUAGGUAGCAGCAGCAGCACUUUGGUGACGCUGAGAUCAGCAAAAGCAACAUCUAUACUGAGGUGUAUAUUUUAAACAGGUUCAUGAUUAUAUAUGGAUAUUGAUUGUGCUUAAAUCCAUUUUAUUUGAAAUGAACACUUGUAUAUCCAAUAUAUUGUAUUUAAAAUCCAUAAUAAAGCAUUUAUUGUCAUUUAA